AUGACUACAAGAGAACUCCAGCUGUACUGGCAGAAGGAGAAAUAUGACGGAAAGCCAGUUCGGCUUCUUUUUCAAAUCCACUCAACUCGCAUUGCUGAGGAUUUUCUGUCCAAGUUUGUGUUGUACAAGAUUGUGAUCAUCAAGACAGGAAGUUUUGAUGGGAAGAAAGUCUUCAUUGAACGAAGAUACUCUGAUUUUGAGAGACUUCAUAGAAACUUAUUAAAAGACUUUAAGGAUGAAAUGGAAGAUGUGGUCUUUCCUAAGAAAAUUCUCAUGGGAAACCUCACUGAGGAGAUAAUUCGUAAAAGGAUGGUUGCCCUUAAAGACUACCUUGGAGAGUUGUAUGCUAUACGAAGUGUGAGAAAAUCUUGUCAAUUUGUUGCAUUUUUUAUAGAAUCAGAAUUAGAGGAAGGAUACAGCUGUAUCAGAGGAGGACAGUACAAAAAAGCUAGAGAGACAUUAGAACAAGUUCUUUACCUUCAAGAAAAACUGGUUGAACAUUGUCCCAUCAUGAUGGUGCUAACUCUAUGUGCCCUAGUCGUUUGCCAUAAAGAUAUGGACCAAUUAGAAAGCGCUUAUGAGACUGGAAUGAAGGCACUGGAACUUCUGCAGAAACUCCCAAGACAUAGAUAUUACAACCCAUUAUUGGAAACUUUGAUUUCAUUGGCAUACAAACUAGGAAAAGACUUCCUGUCUUUAAGGGAAAAAUUUGAACAUGGGGAAAAUAGAAAAACAAGGAGCAGCUUUGAAGGUGAAAUGAUCACUUUGAAGGAGCUUGUAGUAAAGGAGAGAGUACCUACAGAUUAA